AGAAGGACAGGUACAGACUUGCAAGCAUUUCUUCAAAUGACUCCUCUUUAAAAGGUUGUUGGAAGGUGUUUAUCUCCUGGUGUUUAUCUGCUGAAAGUAAAAAGAGCACUCGGCUGCAAAGCAAAUUCUUCCAAGAUCAAACUUUUCUUCUUCUUCACCCCAAUGAUUCCUGUAUAAAACUCUCUCUUCUGGGGCACAGAACCUGGAUCAUCAUGUCUUCUGUAGAAAAUGAGAUAGUGGAGAUGGCAGCGCUCGGUCGACCCUUCCAGCUGGGAAUGUUGUAUGACUGCCGGAACGAUUCUCUUAUUCCAGGCAUCACACUGUGGGAUCCACAGGAACUGAGAAAGGACACUGAAGAGCGGUCCCAGCAUAAAACAGAGUUCAGUGUCACGGCCUCAGACUCCAUUGAAGACAAAGCUUCUGCUUUAAAGGCAUCUGCUGCACUGAAGGCAAGUCUACUGGGGGGUUUGGUUGAGAUCGAAGGAGCUGCUAAAUACUUCAACGACACAAAGAAAUCUAAAAAGCAAUCCAGAGUCACUCUAACGUACCACACAACAACACUAUACGAGCAGCUGACUAUGAAACAUUUAGGCAAAGGGAAAGUAUCUCAUCCCAAUGUGUUUGAGGACGGUACAGCAACCCAUGUGGUCACAGCUGUGCUGUACGGAGCUGAUGCAUACUUUGUAUUUGACCGUGAGGUCUCCACAGAUGAGAAACAGCAACACAUAGAGGGGAAUAUGAAGGUAGCUAUAAGCAAACUAAAAUCAGUUACUAUUGAAGGGGAAGGCUCACUUGACAUGACAGACACAGAGAUGGAUGAUGUUAAAAAGUUUAGCUGCACAUUUCACGGUGAUUUCCGACUGGGAUCCAAUCCAUCUACUUUCCAAGAUGCUGUUGAAGUCUACAAAACCCUUCCGAAGCUGCUUGGGGACAAUGGAGAGCAUGCAGUGCCUGUCAAGGUCUGGCUGUACCCAUUAAUCAAGUUAGACUCCAAGGCAGCCAAGCUUGUACGAAACAUUAGUGACCAGUUGGUUACAUGUUCACAGACAGCUUUAGAGCAGUUACAUGCAGUUGAAAUGCAAUGCAAUGACAUGAUAGAAGACAUUGUUCCCCAAACAUUUCCUGAGGUCAAGGAGAAGAUCCAACAGCUGAAACAAAUGAGUCAGCAGUACAAGCUGAGUUUCAUGAGACAGUUAGCAAGUGCGCUGCCAGCCAUCCGCGGCGGUGGGCAAGAGGAAGGAGUGCUGGCAGAGGUUUUACAACACAAUGAAGAGUCUCCUUUUAACAACAAAUCACUAAAAAUGUGGCUGGACAGAAAAGAAAGAGAAAUUAAUGUAGUUGGUUCUUUCCUUACUGAAUUUGAGGGUCUUAAUCAAUUCAAGGGCGUACAUGCUGUGUCUUCAGUGAAUAAGCUGGAGCGAGCAGUGUUAGACCGCACAGCUGAGAAGGUUGUUUGCUUUACAUUCACUUCACUGCAUGAGCCUGAACCAUAUCUAUCAGCCCUGUCCAACUAUCUGAAUCCUCAUUUGAAGAAGAGCACUCCAAGUGUAACACCCGAUACCUACACACAGCAAGACAGCAACCACUGGGUGUGUGAUGAAUCUAUCCAGAAGAUGAUUUGCUGUUCAGAUGUAUUCCUUGAGUUAGUGAAAAUCAACAAGGACAAUGAAAAAACAAAGUUCUUAAUAGCUUCAAAACCAGACAAGAAGUUUCCUGGAGCUGGCAUUCUUCUGUAUGAAAAGAGAUCUUUUAAAGGCACAUAUUUUGAGCCCCCAUCUAAACCGGACACCCCUGAGGUUUGUGGUGUGACACACGACAGUGUGACUCUGAAGCUGAUCCCUCCCAGUAGUGAUGCUAAUAAUAAAGUGACAUACAGAGUGGAAUAUAAAUGCACUGAUCAGGAGGAUUGGAUAAUUAAAACAAACACACCCACUGUAUCAGGCUUACAGGCAAACACUGAGUAUGAGUUUAGAUACACAGCAGUGGGCAUGCUGGGAUAUCCUGUGAGCAGUGACACCACCAGCAGUGUGAAGACUCUUCCAAUAAGUCUCCCUGGCAAACCUUCAUCUAGUGAUAAGGUUGUAAAAGAAAAGAUUAAGACUGCAUGUGUCUCCCGCACACUGGGGAAUCCUAGUAUUUACCAGCUUACAUUAGAAAAACAGACAGCUGGACAUUUCCACAAACGUACCUUUGGAAGAAAGCCACUCAAUGUGAUAAACAGAACCAUCAUGGUCCUCGGAGCGACUGGAUCAGGGAAAACCACCCUCAUCAAUGGGAUGAUCAACUACAUCCUGGGUGUGGAAUGGGAAGAUGACUUCAGAUUCAAGCUGACAGAUGAAGAAACCAACAGAUCACAAGCUCACAGUUGGACAUCUAAAGUCACUGCCUAUCAGAUCUAUCAUCAAGAAGGAUUCAAGGUCCCAUUCUCCCUCACUAUUAUAGACACACCCGGGUUUGGAGACGCCAAAGGCAUCCAGCAAGACAAACUGAUCAUUGAAAAGAUCAGAGAGUUUUUUUCAUCCCCAGAUGGCAUUGGCAGUAUUGAUGCAGUGUGCUUUGUAGUCCAGGCUGCUUUAGCACGUCUCACACAUACACAGAAAUAUAUCUUAGAUUCAAUUCUCUCAAUUUUUGGGAAAGACAUUGAAAACAAUAUACAAUUACUUGUCACUUUUGCUGAUGGGAAGGCACCUGCUGUUUUACAUGCCAUCAAUGCUGCUGGUGUGCCUUGUCCUAAGAGUGACAAAGGUGUUCCUGUGCAUUUCAAAUUCAAUAAUUCAGUCCUGUUUGAGCCUAAUGCAGGAGGCAGUGAAGAUGCAGAUGAACAUGAUUUUGACAGAAUGUUCUGGAAAAUGGGUUCAACCAGUAUGAGAAACUUCUUUAUCAAUUUAAAUAGAAUGGAGACAAGAAGUUUACAGCUGACAAGGGAAGUUCUUUGUGAGAGAAAACAGCUGGAAGGAUUGCAACCAAUGAUCAAGGUUGGUCUGAGUAAACUGGAUGAAAUAAGAGAAACACAGGCUGCACUGGAACAUCACAAGAACUGCAUAGAGGCAAAUAAAGACUUUGAGUAUGAAGUGGAGAUUACAGUGCCGAGACAGAUAGAUAUCAAGGGGACGGGAACGUUUACAACCAACUGCCAGAAAUGUCACUACACAUGUCAUUAUCCCUGUGGUACUGCAGAUGAUAAGGACAAGAAGAAGUGUUCUGCAAUGGAUAGUAAGGGGUUCUGUACAGUCUGCCCUGGUAAAUGUGCCUGGAGUGUACAUUUCAACCAAAAGUACAGAUGGGUGUAUGAGACUACAAAAGAAAAGAGAACAUAUGAGAACCUGAAAAAGCAAUAUGAUGAAGCAAAGAGGAAAAAGAUGAGUGCAGAGGAAAUAGUGAAAAACCUUGAGCAGGAAUUCAGUGCUGUUAAAUACAAGGUUCUGGAUCUAAUUGAACAAUUAUCAAAGAGUCUCUCUCGACUUCAAGAGAUUGCCUUACGUCCAAACCCACUCACAACUCCAGAUUACAUUGACCUGCUGAUCCAGUGUGAGGAACAAGAAGCCAAGCCUGGGUUUAAAGAACGCAUGUAGUCACUACACCAAGUCAGGGAGGGGGCAGUGAUACUGCAGAAGGUUGCCAGGGGGGAAAACCUGCUUCCAGAGGAGAAGAAAGAGUUGAAACAAAGUAAACUGGAAGCAGGUGAAGGGAUCUUUACAGACUUCAGAGGACUGGGUUACAGGGGGCAAAAAAAAUAAAUAAUAUAGCCUAGGUUAUAUAAAUCUGUUUUCCUUUUAAAAAUACCUGCCUUGUAUAUGACCUAAUAAUAACACCACUGUAUCCUGUGGAAAUUCAACUGAAUUAUUUAAACUGUUAAUUUCUUUAACUCCUAGCUAUAUAAAUAAAUAAGCUUUUUAGAGCAGUCACUAAAACAGUGUAAGUGCUGUGUAUUGAGAUUGUGAUUUUGUUAAAGGGAUUCGGAUACAUUACUUUGACCUUCUUGUUAUUCAUCAUAUUGUGUAUUCAUUCAAACCUGUGAGAACAUUUAUUAUAGACAACAAAAUAAUGAAUUGUUGUGCAGAGUAAAGAUGAGUAAAAGCAGGUACGAUAUCAGUAAUGCCACCAGAACAGCCUGUUUAGAAUAUAGAUCAUUUCUGAUGCCAUCCUUUAUGAAGAACUGCAUCACCCAAACACAUUGAUUAGAGCAUUUUGUAGGACAGUAAUCAGUCAUUUGCUUUUGUUGUAAAACCUUUUAAUUAGGCUAAUAAUUAGAACUGUGUUACUGCUUUGCAACGGUGAAAGAGACUUUGUACUUUCUCACCGGUGAAAUAUGGCUUUCAUUUGAACAUUUUUAAUACAGGUAGCUUAUCUGGUUUCUUUUUUUUUAUUAAACAAAUGUAUCGCUGUCAUUUAAACUGUCUUUCUUAAUCAAUUUUAAAUAAAUACAUUUGUGAGUUUCUCA